GAUAUGGGGAAUGGGAAUGGGAAAACAUGGCCUGGAACAGCUUCGGGCCCGGGACGGCCAUCAUACAGCUCGAGGAGAGAGAGGUGCUGCCCGUGGGCAUCAUCGCCGGGGCCACCAUCGGGGCCAGCGUCCUGCUCGUCGGGGGCCUGGUGGCCCUGGCCUGCUUCCUGUACCGGCGGCGCAAGGGAAGCCGCAAGGACGUGACGCUGCGCAAGCUGGACAUCAAAGUGGAGACGGUGAACCGGGAACCGCUGACGCUGCACGGGGAGCGCGACGAUGACACGGCCAGCGUGUCCACGGCCACCCGGGUCAUGAAAGCCAUCUACUCGGUAUGGGGACACGGGGACAGCCUGGGGACAUGGGGACAGCCUGGGGACAGGGCCAGCGUGUCCACUGCCACCCGGGUCAUGAAAGCCAUCUACUCGGUAUGGGGACAUGGGGACAUGGGGACAGGGACAGCGUGUCCACUGCCACCCGGGUCAUGAAAGCCAUCUACUCGGUAUGGGGACAUGGGGACAGCCUG